AUUGCCUUGUCAUUUUGUUUUGAUUGCCAGAACUCAGACGAAUAUAAAGGGUAGCAAACAAUAGCACAUCAUGGGAGGUGUAAAAACAUAUCUCCAUACACACUAACUUUGUAGUAUUUUCGAGAUCACAAAUUUGGAUUUAAACAACUCUGUGAACUUCACUUUGGUCCCAAGGUAGCAGUUUUUAAGGAACAAUAUUUCCUCAAACUUUGUCACUGUGCUCUAAGCUACUAUCACAAUCUAAACUUUGCCCUGAGACUUUUGCUAGAGGAUUCUUGAUUUGCCCUGAGACUUUUACUGGAAAGAGUAUGGAUGACAAAAGUGAUGUGGAAAAGCUUGAUGAAGUGAUGCUACCUGGUUUUCGAUUUCAUCCGACAGAUGAAGAGCUGGUUGGGUUCUAUCUGAAGAGAAAGAUUCAGCAGAGAUCUCUUCCUAUUGAGCUCAUCAAGCAAGUGGAUAUUUAUAAAUAUGAUCCAUGGGACCUUCCAAAGCUAGCAUCUACAGGGGAAAAAGAAUGGUAUUUUUACUGUCCAAGGGACCGUAAAUACAGGAACAGCGUUCGUCCAAACCGUGUAACAGGAGCUGGUUUUUGGAAGGCCACGGGAACUGACAGGCCUAUUUAUUGCUCUGAUAGCACCAAAUGCAUUGGUCUUAAGAAGUCCCUAGUGUUCUACAGAGGCAGAGCUGCUCGAGGCUUAAAAACUGACUGGAUGAUGCACGAGUUUCGCCUUCCAACAACUAACAGCGAGUCAACACCACCUAAGAAAUUCUUGGAUAAGAAUUUUCCACCAAAUGAUUCAUGGGCCAUCUGCAGAAUCUUCAAGAAAACCAACUCAAUGGCAAAUAGAGCUCUAUCUUACCCAUGGAUAAAUCCUUUAUCUGAAGUAGCAUCUCCAGAGGUGUUCAAUCAAAGUGCAACUGCUCAUUUCGGUUCGGAGAAUGUCUCUUCUAUAACUGAAAAUGGAUCAGUUCUCCACCUAUCUAGUAAUAAUGACUUACUACAAGGAGCCUCAAAUGUUCCUUCAUAUAAGGCCAUCAAUUCUAUGGUUUCAAGACCAUCUUAUCUUUCAAGUCCUAACACAGACAUUUCCUGUAACUUCAUGGAUGCAAAUUCCAUGUUUUUCAACACAUCCCUUGGCUUAAUCACUGAUAUCAGCAAGAACUCUGAGACCAUAGAUUUUGAAGGUCAAAAUCAACAACUGAACAGCUUCUCAAUUAGUUCUUCAUCACAAGAGAUGCAAAGAAGUAUAAGCAUGGAAGAUGAUGAAGCAGGAUUAAGGAGUAAUCAAACUUCAAUAAAUGAUAAUAUUACUCAAUGGGAAAACAUCAGAUCAGUUGGAUUUCCUUUCAGUUUGACAACUAGUUUGACUGAUGAAUGGAAGCCUAGUUUGUCAUGGGAUUCUCCUUCCUGUCCUAGUGAAAUAUCCACCACUUACUCAACAAACAAAUGCUACACCCAAACAUAGAACCUCCUGGCUUUGUGUACAGGCUACAGCUAGUUUAUCUGAAUUAGUUGAGUCAGUCGAUUUCAGAUACCGGAACCUAUGAAGAAAAGAAAAAAGAAAGAAUCUAGCCAUAGUGCUGAAAAACAGCGAUAUUAUGUUAACCGUUAUUGUACAGCUUUAUGUUUUAUUUUUACUCUUUCGGCUUUCCUCGAAUUUAAAAGUGAUAAGUUUGGAUAAAAUUUUCGUGUUU